AUGGCAAUUGCAAUCAAAAAGGAAAAGACAAAAUUUGCUCCUGUUAGAGAGGUUUUAUCUGAGGAAGAUCAUGAUAAUUACACUAAAUUUCAGGACACUUCAAAACUGGAAUGGUUCUGCAGAACAUCAAACCAUAAAAAAUUCAAGUCGCAUAGUUUGUGGAAAGCGGUAAAAAACCCAACAGAAACGAGAAUAGAGACACAAACUCUGUAUUUUACAGAUCUCACGAAUGACAAAUGUGGAUUUAUCCAACUACUAUAUUCCAGUGUUAUGGGAGGUAUAUAUAAAGGAUUUCAGUUAAACUUCAAAAUUUUCAAAGCCAGUAGUAAGGACGAGUCUGAGGAGAAUAUUGAUAUAUGGGAGAGUUUUAAGAUCGAAAACAUCAAAGAUUUUGAUACGCUGAAGGUAGAAUCAGACAACGUUUCCUUCCACUUCGUGCCUCUAGAAAACCCCUCAUCCAAUGGAUUUGCUCAAUUAUUAAUUAAGAUAGAUAUUCCCAAGGGGAGCACCAGUUCUCUAUUGAAGGAUCUGAAAGUCGACGUGACAGUAAACCUACAAGAGGGAUUUAUAAUAAACCCAGACGGCUCCAAUUAUUACCUUGACAAUAGCAUAAGUUUGGACGAAUUGUCUAAACGGGAUCCUUCUAGCACAUCUAGAAGGAUGGUAAGACACGUGUUUGUUCCGAGAGGGUUUUGCAAUGGUACCAUAUCAUACAAGAAAAAGGAUAAACUUGUAAAAUUGGAUCUGAACGACACACCCAUGUUAUACCUAGAUGCUGUCCAGGGGUUAAUACCUAAUAAGGCUGCUAGCAAGUGGAACUUUCUUUGUUUUAACGGUAGGAAGCGCUCAAUGAUGUGUAUCGAGUUCACCACUACAAAAGAGUAUGGUAGCACCACAGUGACCAUAUGGGCUGUUAGUGACAAGGAAAAAAUCUUGGAAGUUGGUUCAAGUGUUAAUGACCAUGCCGUCAAAUUUCCGUCCACACAGGAGGAUAAGCAAAACGGUUGGAAAUAUCCUACAUCUAUCGCCUUCCCUCGCGGCUUUGAAGAAUCGAAUUUAAGGCUGGUCAAUAGAUACGAUAUAAUGGGUGAGGUACCUGCUUUCAUCAGGUCUAUUGCCGAAAAUUUAGCCAACAUGAAGCCUUUCAUUUAUCAAUUCUGUCAAAGGUCAAAAUUCGAAGACGAUGAGGGAGUCUCCAUCAUCGAAAGUACAUUUAUCAACUGA